AUGUAUCAAAAUGCCCUAGAAUUGCAGAUGGUAGGGGGAAGCGUCGAAAACUCACCAUUCAUCGCAUGGAUACAGAACUAUCCCCUCCCAAAGGAUCUAAAAUACCCCUCUUAUCUCGGAACAUACAAAGGGAAAAGCGACCCGGAUGACUUCAUUGAAGCAUUCGAAGGCGUGGCCAAGAUGAAGGUCUUGAACGUACCAGUUGCGUGUCGGAUGUUCAAGUAUGCACUCGAAGGGGAUGCCCGAGAAUGGCUAAAAAACGUGGCGAAAGGGUCCAUCACUAGCUUCGAAGACCUUAAGGAAAAAUUUAGAGCCCAAUUUAGCCAACAGAAGAAACAUAAGAAACUACAUGUGGCAACCCAUGGGGUAAAGCAGAAGGAAACAGAGCCUUGUAGGGCGUUCCUUGACAGAUUCACCACCGAAACAGAAGAUAUCGUGGACCUUCCCGAGUCACAAAGGAUAUCGGCGUUAUUGCAUGGUCUCCAAAGCAGGGGACUCGUUGAAUUUCUGCAUAGAGACCUCCCGAAAACGUACGAAGCCGUUCAGAAAAAAGCGCACGUAUACCUUGAUGCAAGGGACACCGUGCCGAAGGGAGACAUUAGCCCGACUCUGGACAAGGAGACUCAGACGAAUAGGAAAGGGAAAUGGAAUAACGACAGAGAAAGGCCAAGAUACAGCCCGUAUAACAAAGAUGAAAAAGGAUACCUAAAGCUCAACCUGCCAGAACUCCACAAGAGCCCGAAGGAGAUACUCCUCACUGAAAGUGUAGCAAAGACCUUCCCAACACCUCCCAGACUGAGCAGCAAAAAUAAGAAAGAUCCCGAAAAAUAUUGUGAGUUUCACAGGGAUUAUGGCCACGACACGAAUGCAUGUUGGCAACUGAGAAAAGCAAUUGAAAAAGCAAUCAACGAGGGAAAACUGUCACACUUGGUGAAAAGCGUCAGGCAACAGCAAUAUCCUAAAAAGGAGGAUGACACAGAUGACAAGAAGAAAGUCCCGACAAAACCAUCUACACCAUCGUGA